CUGGUGCUGGUUUGCGUGCUGGCCGCCCUGUGCUUCGCUUCCCUGGCCCUGGUCCGCCGCUACCUGCAGCACCUCCUGCUCUGGGUAGAGAGCCUGGACUCGCUGUUAGGGGUCCUGCUUUUCGUCGUGGGCUUCAUCGUGGUCUCGUUCCCCUGUGGCUGGGGCUACAUCGUGCUCAACGUGGCCGCAGGCUACCUGUACGGCUUCGUGCUGGGCAUGGGUCUGAUGGUGGUGGGCGUCCUCAUCGGCACCUUCAUCGCCCAUGUGGUCUGCAAGCGGCUGCUCACCGCCUGGGUGGCCGCCAAGAUCCAGAGCAACGAGAAGCUGAGCGCUGUUAUUCGCGUGGUGGAGGGAGGAAGCGGCCUGAAAGUGGUGGCGCUGGCCAGACUGACCCCCAUCCCUUUUGGGCUUCAGAACGCAGUGUUUUCGAUUACUGAUCUCUCAUUACCCAACUAUCUGAUGGCAUCUUCAGUUGGACUGCUUCCUACCCAGCUUCUGAAUUCUUACUUGGGUACCACCCUGCGGACAAUGGAAGAUGUCAUUGCAGAACAGAGUGUUAGUGGAUAUUUUGUUUUUUGUUUACAGAUUAUUAUAAGUAUAGGCCUCAUGUUUUAUGUAGUUCAUCGAGCUCAAGUGGAAUUGAAUGCAGCUAUUGUAGCUUGUGAAAUGGAACUGAAAACCUCUCUGGUUAAUCAACCAAAUACCAGUGGCUCUUCAUUCUACAACAAGAGGACCCUAACAUUUUCUGGAGGUGGAAUCAAUAUUGUAUGAUUCUAACAAAAUGUAUGGUUGUCAGGAGCCUAGUGUGCUGUCCAAGGUCUAGCAGUCACUUCGGUAGUGGGCAGAGACAUGUUCUAAUUGUAUUACGGCACAAACGAAACUGACUAGUUUUUAAAUUGCACAAUUUUUUUAAAGCAAGAAUCAUUUUCUGGAUAUGUAAGUGUAAAUGUAGAUGCGAUUUUGGCUGCACCUCUUUAUUAUGCCUGUAUUGGCCUAUAGGUCUGCACUUUAGUGUUUUUAAUUGUUUAAUUUCUGGGUACUUAUGAACAGAGAAAUAACCCAAAUAUAUAUUUUUUCUUCUUAGUGUCUUUAUUUAUAAAGUCCAUGAAUAGUUAGUUGUAUGCAUCUUUCCUCCUUACAAAGAUGAGUAAAAGUAUAGUUUUAAAUGUAUAAUAUUAUUGGAUGUUCUUUGCUUUGAUAGUCUUUCCAGAAAGGACAAGCAGUGUUUUGUCUUGUUUUGAAUUGUUGUUUCAAGUGGGCCCAGUUUGCUUCUCUUUUCCUUACUCUAAUAGAAAACAGACAUUGACUUUCAGUUGAAUGUAUUUUUGCAAGCAUCACAUUAUCGCAGGGCCAUUUACACCUAUUCACACAGGCUUAAAUCCUACAUUGUGGGACUGAAGUGCUCUUAAGAUACCUUUUAUUUUCACUGUGUAAUAUGCAAAGCAAAAGGGAAACAAUUUAGUGGGUGAUGAUUCAAAAUUAGAACUCCUGUUCUAAUUCAGUUACAUUGGCUUUACCCUCCCGAGAUCUUUCAUCAAAGGGCUGUCCCAUUGCAAUCCUACUAAAACAUUUUGUUAAACUUUUUUCCUUUUUAUAUUAAUAAUUAGGCUUUGAAAUAAAGAUGUUAUUCCUUUGAAAUGGUGGGUUUACCAUCGUUGACGAUGUCACUCAGGUGGCCUUUUUUGAUCAAAACGCCUUUUUAAGAACCAAGCUUUAAAGUCAUGUUUAUAAUUCCAUUGUACUUAUUUGUCCCUGUAGUGGUCAGCUUUAAAACUAUAAGGAUAACAUUAACUCAGUGCCCAAAUUUGUAUUAUUUGCCCUACUAUAGGUAGGCUUUUUUUGGUGGGGUUUUUUUGGUACUUAUUUUUCUCUGAUAAGACUCAGGAAUUCUGAAAUGUGAAAUUGUCUCAAUUCUUUCUUUGGUAGCAUAAAUCAAGUGUAUUUAUUAAUAACACUUAGAACUGUAGAAUACAAUAAUUCGGCCUAUGAUUCAUAUAACAAUGUAUAUUACUCAUUACCUUUAUUUUUAAAAUGGUUUAAUUGUGAAGUUUAUGAUUUUUUUAUUUUUACAAAUGAGAUUAUAGAUAUUAAUGAAAAAUUUCGGGUAGGUAUCUUUUCUCUUUGCUAUAAAGAUUCCAACUUAUCAGAGAGCUCCCAUUUGCCUUUCCUUCAGGGUAAAACCAUUUGCCCUGACUUACUAAAUACAAAGGAAUUCUUUGAAAGCAGAUUAUUCUAGUCUUAUUCUAGAGAUUAAUUUAAUCAUUUUAAUGCGUAAGUUUUUUACUCUGUUCAAUUAUAGUCAUUUUUCUUUCUUUUACAAUACCUAAGUUUUUUCUGCUUUUAGUACAGUAAAGUUCACUUAUAUGUCUCAAGUGCAAACACUUGAGAGCUACCUGGUAUACAGUGCAUAAUUGGUCUCAAAUUCUUUCUUCUAAUAUUGUUGGGGGGGGGGAUAUAUAUAUAUAGUACUGGACUAUUCUUAUUCUUUUUUUGAAUUCUAAUUACCUGUUAGGUUUUUUCUUUUUUGAAUCCUAUUUGCCUGGUUAGUUUUUUGUUUUUCAUAAUUUCAGUUUACAAUCCCUCUGAGCAAUACAUUUGAUUUAGUCUUUCAGUCUUACUUGCCAAUAUUUUUCUUGUGCUUCUUUGUUGGUUAGUUGAUAUUGAAGGAGUCAUCAUUGAAGAUCACCUCUUUCAUACUUCCUUUACACCUCAUGUAUUUUGAAGUGAAUUUAUUAGUACUUAUGACUUGAAUGAUUUCACCAAAUGAAUACCUUCUGGUAGUUUGUAAUGAUUCUUCCAAUUGUUACACUUUGCUUGGUACUUGUAAUAAAUACAUAAAGGAAAAAGAAAUUUUCUGUAUUCUGCCAAUCAUAAUUUUAUGUAAAUCUUCUACUUUUUUUUUCCUUACAAUAACAUGGAUUGGCUAUUUCUAAAAUAAUAAUCAAUAAGCUGCAGCUUUUUCUUUCUUUAGCAUUUCCAGCCUUCAUGUAAAGAGCAGUCCACUCUAGUCUUGCUGUUUGAUAGUGAAUUUAGUGGCUUGGUGUUAUAGGUUGUGCUGAAUAUAAAUUGUUCAAAACAUUGCCAUGCCUUAUUUACUCCAUCUUAUCCCUGCAUCCCAGAUGUAUGGGAACACCCACAUCUACAUGAUACUUCAUGUUGCCCAAAUAUUGCCUCUAGUCAUCUGUAUUUAUAAAAUGCCACAGUCAUGUAGAUUUAUAGAAAUGAAAUGUUUUGGAUAAUUCACACUGUCUAAGUGCAGUAUGAAAGUGUUUUAUGCACAUUUAAUAAAGCAUACAAUAUACCUGAUUUCCAAAUCUGAUGAAAUAUAUGUUCUGUUUAUAAACUCUGAGCCUUUUCCUACAUUUUCCAUAUUUUUCUGGUUUACUGUUAAUGAUUUUGUUUACUCUUUGCCGAAUUUUGUCAUGUACAUUAUUUUAAAGUGGUGUCUCCUUUUACAGACAUGUAUAUAAUUACUAAAUGCUGUCAUGUCAAUUUUCAUUUGAUCAUCUGUUCUAUGAAAUGACUUGAAAUCUGUAUUCUCUGAGUUUGCGAAAAUACUAUAACCAAAUCUCUUGUCACUGAAUGUGUAUCAUGGGUUCAGAAGUGACUGGAUUUAUUCAGAACCUGCCAUACUCUCCCUUGGUUACUUUGUAUCCAGCUACACACCUUUCUAAGGCUUUCCCCUGAUGUGGUUGAGAAUGUGACUAUAAACAUUUUCUUCCUUGUGAAGCAAUUCGGUGUACUAAUUGCUCUUAUUUGCCCUUUGUAACGAAGCUAAGUGCUGUAGGUACAAGGAUUUCCCCAGCAUUACUGUGUUAAUGUUCAGUGCUCUUUGGACUGUCUUGGAAAAGGUGCUAUGAAUUUCAUGUGUUGAUAUUUGUUAGCUGUGGGGCCGUCUUUAGAACAGUUGAGGAAAUCACUAGGCAUACACCAGGUUGGUGCACGUCAAUCCUUAAAAAGGUAGUAAAUCCAUGCUGCUCACAGCCAAGCAGAAUUUGCAGAGAAAAGAGGCUUAUCCACAUAAACAACAGUAAACAACAGUCCUGACCUACGCUGAUGACCUCAGAGAUGGAAUUUUGUUUUAAUAAGAGGCUACUCACUGUAUCAGAAUGAUGGUCAGUAGAGCAUUAUCUGGUUUUUAGGUUGGACAUUUUUAAUUUCUGUUGUAAUAAAGUAGUUAGGGUAUAAUUUUUUAAAUUAUACUAUGUUUUAAGCUGAAAAGCCAUUAAAGAAAGGAGAGGAAUCACUGUUCCUUCCACAGAUAUUUUAAACUCAGGAGUUCAGUAACCUCACAUAUUGAAUAUAUAAACUGUUAACUUAUUCUGCAACUAAAUUACAACCUGGUACUUCUGAAUUGCAAACUGAUUGCUGCAAACGAUUUUCUAAAGUGGCUGAAGUUUUAAGAUAGGUGCAUCAGUAAAAUGUCUUGAUAACUGAUACCCCAAAUCACUUGUGUGCCUCAGAAAAUAAAAGGUAAUAUUUUAUUUUCCUUC